UGCUAGGGGCCCCAGCAUCAGCUCCGCAGCAGAGAAAACCUUGUAUUUGCUGGGGGAAGGUUUGUUGGGGCGGCUCUGGUCGGGUCGUGUUGGAGGCUGCAGCCUCCCCCGCCCCGGGCGCUCCCGUCUCUUGGCACCGCCUCCCUACCGGGCAGGGCCGUGUCGGGGGAGGGACGAGUGGAGCAGAGCCGCGCUGCGGGCAGAGCGCUGCGGUGAGGACAGGAGGCGACGGGAUGUUCAGCUGGAUGGGGAAGCAGGGCGGCGGGCGGGAGCGAGGAAUCGGCGGCAGCGACAUUGUGCAAACGGUGACCGGAGGGUUGCGGGACCUCUACCUCCGCAAGCUGCUGCCACUGGAAGAGCACUACCGCUUCCACGAGUUUCACUCGCCGGCUUUGGAGGAUGCUGACUUCGACAACAAGCCCAUGGUGCUGCUGGUGGGGCAGUACAGCACAGGCAAGACCACUUUCAUCCGAUACCUGCUGGAACAAGACUUCCCAGGCAUGCGGAUUGGUCCAGAACCCACCACAGAUUCCUUUAUUGCUGUGAUGUAUGGAGAAUCAGAAGGAAGUGUUCCAGGAAAUGCCCUGGUUGUUGAUCCUAAGAAGCCAUUUCGUAAGCUCAGCCGGUUUGGAAAUGCUUUCCUAAACAGGUUCCUCUGUUCUCAGUUGCCUAACCAGGUGUUGAAGAGUAUCAGCAUCAUUGACAGCCCAGGCAUCCUCUCAGGAGAGAAACAGCGCAUAAGCAGGGGCUAUGACUUCUGCCAAGUCCUCCAGUGGUUUGCUGAGAGGGUCGACCGCAUCAUCCUCCUUUUUGAUGCCCAUAAGCUGGAUAUAUCUGAUGAGUUUUCAGAGGCUAUAAAGGCAUUCCGGGGCCAGGAUGACAAGAUAAGGGUUGUGCUUAAUAAGGCCGACCAGGUGGACACACAGCAGCUGAUGAGGGUCUACGGUGCACUCAUGUGGUCCCUGGGAAAGGUGAUCAACACUCCAGAGGUGCUGCGGGUCUACAUUGGCUCCUUCUGGGCACAGCCUCUCCGAAACACAGAGAAUCGCAGGCUCUUUGAAGCAGAGGCACAGGAUCUUUUCCAGGAUAUCCAGAGUCUCCCUCAGAAGGCUGCUGUGAGAAAGCUCAACGAUCUCAUUAAGAGAGCAAGACUCGCAAAGGUACAUGCUUAUAUCAUCAGCUAUCUGAAAAAAGAAAUGCCCUCUAUGUUUGGAAAAGAGAACAAGAAGAAGGAGCUGAUCAGCAGGUUACCUGAGAUCUAUAGCCAGCUGCAAAGAGAAUAUCAUAUCUCAGCAGGGGACUUCCCUGAAGUCAGGAAAAUGCAGGAGCAGUUGGAGUUGUGUGAUUUCACUAAAUUUCACUCUUUGAAACCAAAGCUAAUUGAAGCUGUGGAUAACAUGCUGGCCAACAAGAUUGCCUCCCUGAUGAGCCUAAUCACCCAGGAAGAGAGCAAUAUGCCCACAGAGAUGGUACAUGGUGGGGCAUUUGAUGGCACGAUGGCAGGACCUUUUGGCCAGGGAUAUGGAGAAGGUGCAAAGGAAGGAGCUGAUGAAGAUGAGUGGGUUGUUGCCAAAGAUAAACCUGCUUAUGAUGAGAUUUUCUAUACUCUAUCACCAAUCAAUGGCAAAAUAUCUGGAAUCAAUGCAAAGAAAGAAAUGGUGACUUCCAAACUGCCCAACAGUGUUUUGGGUAAGAUCUGGAAACUUGCAGACUGUGAUGGUGAUGGGAUGCUGGAUGAGGAGGAAUUUGCAUUAGCAAAACAUCUUAUCAAGAUUAAACUGGAUGGAUAUGAACUGCCUGGCACGCUACCUCCCCACCUGGUGCCACCAUCUCACAGGAAACCAUUGCAGACAGCAGAGUGAAAAAUACAAGGGAAGGAUGAGGCUUUUGGAUAUAUUUCAACAAAUGUUUUGAAGCUACCAACAUUUUAAAUUAGGCUGAUAUUUAAACCCUCACAACAUUUCACACACGCUAUUGAAAUCAGAAGUGUAGUAGUCCCUGCUGACCAUCACUGAAAAAUGCUUAUCCACAAGUGCCUUGUAUAAAUCUAUGAUAAUGUGUGAUGGUAAGGUGAUGUUGCUUCUAUAUCUUGUUGCCUCUACAACCAUAGAGCGGUGAAAAAAAUCCUAUUUAUUGAAUAGCUGACCAUCACCAAAUGUAACCACUUAAGCAACCACAAGCUUCCCCAAACUGUUUAUUUUAGUUAGUGCAGGGAAGCUCUAAAUGUUUCAUUCACCUGCCCGUGCAAGGAACAUUUUCUAUGCUAAAAGCAUUCUUCAGAUGUUAAGCAUCUCUACAUUUGAGAAAGGCAGACAUGAAAAGAAAUUUUUGUUUUCAUUAUUCCUUAUUUGGAUUGGGAGUACAGAAAAAGAGGAGUUGUGGCAGGAGUCUUUUAAGAAGUGCUCAGAAUAUGACUAGACUUGUUUAUGAGCAGACUGGUUUUAAAACUUCAGUACUUAGAGCUAUAAAGUACAAAAUAUAUUUCAAUCUGUCAUCACUGUGUCUUAUCUAAAUAUCUGCUUCUUCAGAUAUGUACAGCACUAUAUAGUCAGUAUUAUUGUUGAAAGAACAGAAUCUAUUUUCUUCUUUGGCUUCAGAGUUUCUUUUGAGGUUUCAGUUUAUCUGUACUGCAGGCAAAUUCCUGAAUAUUUCAAAGUGAGAGCAGAAUGCUUUCAUAAGUUUAAAACAAAACCAUAAACUGGUUUUCAAUGAAAUAAAGCCUUAGAUUCUGUUUAGAAAGAAAAGCUGUGUUGUUCAAAGUCAGCAUCUUCAAAGUACCUUGAAUUGUAUCAAAAGAUUUUUGUGGGUAUUUAAUUCCUAUUUACAGGUAUUUAUACAGGUAUCUGUAUAUAUUAUUUUAUAUACUUUUUUUAUUUCUUAGGGAAGUUUUUGUCUUUAUCUUUUGCCAACAUAUAGCUGUCAGCAACCAAAGAGAGAUUGGAUUGAUAUGGUGGCAGAUUUGAGAGAUGGAGACACUUAAAUGGAUCUUUACAUCAAUUGAAAUAAAGUUGUAGACUGGCCUCUCCAAAUAUUAUUCUUUUGUUGGAAACAAUCCACAGAAGGAAUAGAUGCUUAGUAAACAUUCAUUUUUCUAAACACAAUUAAAAUGUUGAACUGAUUUUUAUCAGUACCUUAAAAGAAGUUAAAUUUUGGCCCUGUGAACUUUAGUCUUUUGGGGAGGGCCAGUUCUUUUUUGGAGUCACACUUUGCAGUCAGGCUGGGUCUAUCAAUGGGAGAAAGAACUGACUUGUACUCCACCAUCUGUAGUAUGAAAUGCCCUGCAUAUCAAAGGUACUGUAACUUCAAGCAUUUUUAAUUUGAGUCUCAGUAAGGGGCAGCAAUAGUGCCUUCUGAGAUUGAACAAGCCAAAAAGUGUUUCAGUGUCCUUGCAGCAGUACUGGGGAGGAAAAUACUUUGAGUGUUGUGUCCAGGCUUGUAUCAAAGAUAUCCUGGCACAGCUGACCAUUCUUGGAGACUUGUUCUCUUUCAUUUGUCUUAGUUUUGUUCUCAUAUCAUUGAAGUACACCAUCUUUAUUUCUGUUAGACCUAUGUCAGAAGCCAAAGUAGCCUUUGUGCAUCCCUGGUUUCUUCCAUAGAGCUCUGAAACUUUACUGCGAACCUCCUUUAUUUCUGCAGAAUAACCCAUUUUCUAUGUAAUUUAUUUUUGAUUGAACAAAAGGUAUCAUAUAGACAUGGCAAGGGUGUUUAAAGUCAGGCUGCACUAGUACUAAUGAUUUGUGCAAUAAUGACCCUCCAGAUCAGCAUUGCAAGGGCAGUUACAAGAGAAAGAAAGAAAGGUUGCAUGUUGUGACUACUGUAGAGUGUGAAAAACUGAAGAGAUCUGGACAAUUGCUGAUUUUUCAACUCUGUCUCACCUUGUUCUUCUGCUGUACAGGAUUCCAGGGUAGACCUGUGUUUGAAUUCCUACCACCUGUAGCUUCUAAGAGUGAUACAGCAAAUGCAUUGGAGCCUUGUGAUCCCAUGCCAGUAGGAAUAUCCUCCUGCAGUGAAGGGAGAGAAUAGUUUCUCAGUGAUUUAUUUAUUUUUUUUUCUAGUUUUUUUGGUAGUAAAAUGGAGAAUACUGCAUUUUCUUCAGACUCCGCGAGAAUGUGCUAAUUUGGAUUAGAGGAGACAAAUUCAAAUGUGUCAUUUUGAUGAGUUAAAAUACUUUGCUUAGAUACAGUUGUAAUGGUUUGCUCUUUUCCUGAAAGAUUUGAAGGGGAAGGGGAAUGCAUGAAGCAUAUAUAGUGGAAGGGGUGGAUUUGCUCUGUUGACCUGAAGGAGUAGAUGUAUGCCCAUAAAUAUAUAUGCAGAUCUGUGGUGCCGUGUGCUGGCAUCUUAACAGAGGUCAUACUUAGUUGAUAGAAAUUCAAGUUCAUUUCACUUGGACUUUAAACUGCAAUUUCUUGCACAGCUAAACCAAUUUAGUAAGGUGUUGUUGCUGAGGAGACAUAAUCUGAAUAGUGCUCUGCUGAGUUAGUGAGCCAGUGUGCGGAGUAUGAGAAGGAGGGAAGGGAGCAGGAUUACCUUCUCCUGAAAUUGUGCUCUAGGUAGUUAUUGGGAGCAUCAAUAUUAGAUCACUUUUAUUUCUUGGUUGAUGUUGUUAUUAAUCUCUGCUCAAGAAAGAACAAAGUCCUGGACUUGUGGGUCAUUUUAUACUUAGGAUUUUGAUUACAUUUUUUGUGAAAUCAUUCAAAACUGCCAAGAAUUCAUCCUGUGAAAUCAUUGUUUUUGGUGUAGCCUGCUUCUAUAAGCCGAAGUAGAGACUGCUGCUUUUAGAUCUUCUCCAUCUGUUCUGCUACAGUUGUAAUUCCCGACUGUAAUUCUGUUCCUGCAGAAAUCAGUUAAGUAUUGGGUGUAGAUUGGAAGAAAAAAUGUGAGAUAACUGUUCAAAACUACACUACAGGACAGCAAAAGCUUUUUAAAACAGUGAAAGGUUGAAAAUGAUGAGUUUGCAAAGAUCUUUAGAUCGGGAUGAGGUCCCAACUGUUAGUUAGGAGUGAUGAAGAACCUGGUAUAAAAGCAACAGUAUCUGGUCCCUGACUCGAAACAUCAUGUAUUUACAGUACUUGAAAUGUACCCUCUUUCUUCUCACUUCCUUCCAUUCACAACAUGCACUUGGUUUGAUGGCUCUUUGUAUUGUUGGAAUUCAAGCAAAGAAUUUGAAGUAUAUUAGGUAUGUAUAACUUAUGGAGAACAUGAACAUGAAUUUUUUCUACUUCACAUUGCUUACCUUUUCUAAUACAUUUGUUAAAUACCCUUCAAAGGCACUUGUUUAUUUUUGAGGGAGCUUGAUCUGUGCAGAGUGUUUCACUUUGUCCAGUUAGGCAAACAAAGUUCAUUGUUAUUGCACUUUUAUUAUAUAAUAAAUUCCUUGCAGAUAUUGUAAUAUAUUUUAAUAUGCUUUGUAAUCAUUUUUAGGAAGUGAUGAUAAAGAAUGCUGAUUUAAUAAACUAAUAUUGAACUACCUGA